AUGUUUGCCUCUGCCGUGCGGAGGGAUGGAUUCUUCCAAAAGGGCACCGCGAGGAUCACCUAUGCGACCAAAUGGCAUUGGAUCUAUUUGGACCAGUGGGACUUGCCCUGGAGCGCAGAAGAGCGCUCCUUGCUCAAGCGCUUCAAGCAUUUGGUGCCCCUUGAGAUGUCGCGGCGCGAGAAGGACGAGAUUAGAAGAUGGGUCUGGCAAAAGCUGUUGCCGUGCGCCACGGUCAAAAUGAAGCUCUCAUGGAUGUCCAGGCACCAUCCCCUCUACUACAACGAGCACGACACCAUGCUGGAGGUGGUGGAGAAACCCUUCGAGGAUUUUCUCUUGGACCUUGCUCAUGCCAAGCCGAUUGAAGACACGGCUGCUCGCCCGGUUGCAGACGAGCUGCUACACUUCUCACUGAUGAAGUUCCAGGAUCUUUACCUAGAUGAGCCCUGGUGGGAUGACUCUGACAAGCCUGAUGAGGGUGAGCGCAAGAUCAUGUUUGACCACGCUGCUUUCUUUCAGGAUGGCACUUUUGACAGCAGGUGGAUGCAGCGACGGGAGGAAAGCCCGUUGAUCCCAGAGAACGGCUACCAUUCAUCCUCUUGCUUCACUCGCUUUCCAGAGGACACGCUCGGCAAGAAGCGCUACAUCAUCAAGAAGCCAGAUGGCUGGAGCAGCCAGAUGGAGAUGAAGGUGCAGUUGAAGCAUGUUCCGCCCCUCAUGCGCUACACCAACAAAUUCAAGGCCUGUGUUCCCCUCGAGAGCUUGGAGCUUCCUCUGUCAUCAAGCUUUGCAUUCAUGUUGAAGGGUUCCGGCAAGGGCGAGCAGUUCAACUAUACCUUGGACCGGCUCACAACCAUGAUCACCAUUGGCGUGUUGGCAGUGCAACUGCCCGGCCCACUUUGUGUCAUGAUUUUGUUUUGCUUGCUUUUGCUAGCGUCUAUCAGCCGCUUCUACACAAAGCUCACCUCCAUGCAAGAUGAAAAGGGGACAGAGAACACCAAGCAUGGAUAUGUCCCCUUGACCAAUGAGCCGAUGCUGUCGCACUCCGCGGCUGCUCGUGUCACUUCGACGGACUGGGUGGCAGCAAUGGGAAAAGUCGUGGCCAUCUUCCUCGAGAUGGAAGUCUUCGCACUUUUCAUGCAGAGUUUGGUGUUGGGCUUCCUUGCCAUGGAUCUUAUCGGUUUGAUGAGCCCGUCACUGUGUGCCAUCGGCUGCAUCUUGACAUGUGUGAUGGCCAUGAUCAUGAUGACGCUUGGAACCUUUCGCAAGGAGUUGAAGAAAAGCAUCGAAAACAUCUCGGAGUCCAUGUCACAGCUCUACGGCGUGGCCAAGAGCUACCAGGCCCAAGCAAUGAUUUGGCUGAAUUUGGGCAGUUGGGGCAUCGAUUUCCAUGACUUUGGCACGCAGAACGUCAACUCGGUCUCCUUUGUGGUGUCCGAACUCGGAGUGCGGCUGGUUGGGAAGCCACUCGUGGAUGACUUGCUGCCAGCAGAGGAGAAGAGGCGGCAACAGGUCAUCAAGCACAACGCCUAUUUUGUAAAGGGCAAAGGCUCCAAUUCUAGGUCUGGCGUCCCAGAAUGUGCCGCGGACCUGGUGCGCUGGUACCAAGACAUCUCCCCGAACUUUCCGAUCGCCCUCUCGAUGGACCAGCUGAACCGCCGUAAGUGCAUUCCUUCGGUGGCAGCAACGCUGCAAUGCGUGAACCAUGCAGGUCGCAGGAUGAGCCACCCUGAUUUGGACUCCUAUCUCACACUUUUCUAUCCUGAGGAGUGGGAAGAUGAGAACGAUAAUGACCCAGAAGCCGUGAAGUUUCUCCUUGAGAUGUGGAGAGUGCAGGUAAAGGAGUGGAUGGAGAACUCCCUUGGAGCAGUCUACAGCGAGCGAACCUGGACGAAGAAGAUUCAGGAGCACAUCAGUGCAUUGAUGGCGAUGCCCUUCCAGAUGAGCAGCCAAUUUGUCAUGAUCAAGGUUGAACACCUUUUGAUCCCAAAUGCGAAACCUAAAAUGAGCUGGAGAAAGGAGAUCCUGGACAGGCUGGAGGGCAAGAUGCUUUAUGUGACCAUUCUCUAUGAUGAUGAAGAUUUCCUGAGCGACUUGCCGCCAGGUCGGUCCUCUGGCUACGCGAGGAUUGAGAGGCUUGCGGAUGAGAAGAAGAAGGAUUUGAUCCGAGAUCCCCGAAAAGAGAGGACGAGUUCACCAGAAGCGGACGCCGGAAGUGAAGAGAAGAGGCCGUUGGAGGCCGACUUGCAGCAAAUGGGCGAUCUCGCUCGUUUCCGUGCCUUGAUGGAAGACGAAGGGGACGAGAUGCCUGAUUUCAUCGAGUUAGAGGACUUAAAACAUUUCGGAUAUUGGUGCCAACAUCAAGAUGAGUUUAAGGUGCGCCUGCCGGCCACAGCGAACCAGUUUAAGCUCAUGGUGUGGAUGCAGCGCAACGUGGAUGGGAAGAUGGCUGAGGAGCUUCUGGGCAUUUCCGACCCUUUUGAUUUGAUCUUACCGGAGGACCUGUCUUCAAUGGGUGCGGAUGAGGCAGACCAGAGGCGGAUCUACUUCUACAGCAGCUGGACCACCGAGAGCGGGAGAUUGCAGAGAAUUCAAGAAAGUUCGAAGGAUCAGACUGAGAACCACUCCUUCUUCCCCGAGACCAAGCGAAAGGUGCGAGACUACUUCAAUCCUCCAAUCACCAAGAGCGAUGUUAGAGAGACCAUGGGCUUUGUCGACUUCAAGGUCCGACCCGCAAGUCAAGAGGAGAACGAUGAGGAUGAAGAGGCUUUGAUUGCGGUGCGAGAUGUUGUUGCAGGAAGCAGUGAAUUGAAUAAAGCAAAGCUCCGCCGGCACUUGGAUCGCCAGACCAUCUUCGCCAAGUUCUUCGGGCUAGCGAUGGAGGUCGACAGCAGCUUGGAGGAGCAUUUGGACAAGUUAAAGGAGUUCAGGGCAACUCACCAGAGCGGCGCUCUGUUCCUUAAGGAGUUGCGCAUGGAAACUGGACACAAAGAGAAGCUUGAAAUGUCAUUGUUGGAGAACAAUAUUCGGCGAUCGCUUUGGGAAAGGGACGCCAUGGACAAGGCCAUCAAAAGCCUUGAAAAGGGCAUCGCAGAAUUGAAGAAGAAGAAGCAAAAGAACCUAGAGAGGCAAAAAGGAAUGGAGGCGGUAGAAAGUUACAGGAUUCAAGAACGCUGGCGUGGAUCCUUCUGCACACAUGAGACUGUCAUGGACUUUGAGAGUGCCUUGUUGCUUCAGUUGCAGACAUUCAGACAAGGCCAGCAGAGUGAUUUCACUAGCAUUUGCACUACGUGCUCAUGGCGGAUGAUGUGA